AUUUCUUCGUAAAUAAUGAUCGUUAUAAAUCGAAUUACAGUUCGUAUGUAGCAUAUUGAAUUUUUACGCUCGUCGAGUGUAAAACAAGCAUUCUGUUUAUACCAAUGCAUUGGUACUCUAUAAAUUCAUUCCUAGUCGACUCUUGGCUCGAAACCGAUAAAUAAUUGCGGAAUUAUCAGUGCAGUUACUUUUGUUUGAAAAAACGUGCAAUGGAAAAAUGUGAAAACCCACUGAAGGAGUCAGGGAAGUUGAAACAGUUCCUUGCCACGAUAAUCAUAAAUCAGUUGGCGUUGUCUUAUGGAAUCGUGAUAGGAUGGCCGUCACCGUCAGCGGAACUGUUGCAAAGUCCUUCGUCACCCGUGGGAAAGCCUAUGACAGAUGACGACAUAUCCUGGUUGACUGCCAUUUUAUGCCUGAGUGGUUCUGUCAUGGCUGUGCUAACUUCGAUAAUACCAGACAAGUUUAGCCGGAAGAGAUUGGGCUACGUAUUAACGGUACCAAUGAUUAUCGCCUGGCUGUUGAUCAUGUUUGCUACCGAGCACAUGUACAUCUAUGUGUCGAGGGCUCUGAGCGGCAUCGCUGGUGCCGUCACGUUCUUCAUCAUACCAAACUACGUAUCAGAAAUUUCGUGCGACAGUAUCCGUGGCAUGUUGGCAAGUAUCCUGAUAUUUUCUGUGAAUAUCGGAAUACUAAUGGCUUACAUCCUGGGUGGCAUAAUGUCCUUCCGCGCCUUGCCCGUGGUUAUCCUAGCGUUAAUUCUUUUGUAUAUCAUCACUUUCGUCUUCAUGCCGGAGUCGCCGUUAUACCUGGUGCGUCGAAAUCGUACGCACGAGGCGAUUAGAGUCUUGAAGUGGUUGAAAGCAGGGAACAGUCUUGAGGCAGAACGUACGUUGUCGCAUAUACAGAUGCAAAUCAAGGAUAGCGUAUCUAUGAAACCUGCCAAGUUUUCAGAUUUGGUUAGAGACAAAGCAACAAUCAAAGGAAUUAUAAUUGUUGUGGGUCUGUUCAUCGGUCAACAACUUUGUGGCAUUUUUGCAAUGAUCAGUAAUACGGAAUUGAUUUUCAAAAUGUCCGGCAGUUCAUUAACACCGAAUACGUCAUCUAUUAUUGUAGCGGCUGUACAGCUCCUCGGAUCAUGGUUAGCGACAUUGUUGGUGGAGCGUGCUGGUAGACGGCUCUUGAUUCUUCUAUCCUGUGCGGGAAUGUGCGUGUGUCACUGCACGAUAGGCGCAUUUUAUUAUCUUCUGAACUCACAAUAUGAAGUAUCCGCUUAUUCUUGGAUACCGGUGGUAGCAUUGUCUACCUUCAUGAUAUUAUUUGCUUUGGGAAUGGGGAACGGACCUAUCGUGGUGAUGUCUGAGAUAUUUAGCCGUGACAUAACCAGCCUGGCCUCGGCCAUAAGUGUCUCUGUAAGUUGGAUAACUGCAUUUAUCAUGACGAAAAGCUUCACGGAUCUCGUUGCUUUGUUAGGCUUGCACGGUUGCUUCUUUCUUCUCGCCACUUUCUGCGUAUGCAAUUUUCUGUUCUGCUUCAUAUUACUACCAGAGACCAAAGGACGGUUACGCGAAGAUAUUGUGAAUGAACUUAAUGGCGUGCGAUGUACAGAUCAGAAUGACAUUAAGCAUAUCAUUGGAUCAAAUUCAGUUCAUGCGGCACAUGUGUGAAAAUGUUAUCUACGUCCAAGGGAUCUGAAAAUUAAUAAUACUAUAAGGAAAUUUGUAAAAUGUCUCCAUUAUUUAAUGUUGUACAGUUGUGUAGAGAAGUUUACGUGUUGCCAGUAUUUAAAAAAUUUUUU